AUGAACGUGAUACCUGGAAAUAACUUUAACACUUCUGUAUCUACAUCUCAAGAUACUCUACAUCAAUCAAACGCUAUACCUUCAUUACCUGAUACAUUACGUCAACAAAAUGGUGGUGCUGUACCAUUAUCAAGUCAAAUAGGUAAUCAUCAUCCUUUACAAGAUCGUAUAACUAACUGGGAAUCCACUCAAAGAGAUAGACAAUUGGAACAAUAUCGUCAAAUUUUUGGUAUUGCUGAACCAAUGAAAAGAGUGAUGGAAUUAGAAAUUAUUGAAAAGUCAGGUUUUAAUCCAAUUCAUAAUAACGGAAAUUCUCUACAUAAGGAUAUCUUAUUAAAUAAAGAUACUUCAAUCGAUUGGGAAGAUGUAUAUACUACUAAUGAACAAAUUACAUCUACUGCUGUAGCAAAGGAUAUCCAUACAGUAAUGGAAAAUAAUUUAAAUUUAUGA